CGUCGCCCCGUGUUGUCGCCUGCCAGCGAGUGGGGCCACGCCGGCCGGUCGCGCCCUCACCUGUCAGCGUCGUGUGAACUCGGCGUCGCUCCUCAGGGCACGUGGUCCGCGUCCAGCGCGCCGCGACCGAUCGAACGACAGUCGAUUUGUAUUCGGCCAGGUGACCUCUCUGGCACAACUCGUGUGUGAUUACCGCCGUGUAACUGCUGCUUAGUUUACGAUCUUGUGGAUAUUCUCGCGUCGCCGGCGCCAUGUGUGGAUGACCGGCAAGCGCACCCGCAGCUUCAAAUGCGCGGUGCACCACCGGGACCGCGAGGUGUGCAGCGAGAACGACUUCCACGUGCUGGUGCAUGAGCCGCCCGUCUUCCGCAGGAUGGUGCGCAUCAUCGCGGACGAGUUCCUGACGGAGGAGAGGGACCGGAAGUACUACGCCGAUCACUACACGUGCUGCCCGCCGCCCCUCUUCAUCCUGCUCAUCACGCUCAUAGAGCUGGGCUUCUUCACGUACUACUCGGUGGCGAUGGGCGAAGUCAACCCGUCCGGGCCGGUGCCCAUCGACAGCGUGUUCAUCUACCGGCCUGACAAGAGGCUCGAGGUCUGGCGGUUCCUGUUCUACAUGGUGCUGCACGCCGGAUGGCUGCACUUAAUAUUUAACCUCCUCGUGCAAGUUCUUGUCGGCCUGCCAUUAGAGAUGGUUCAUGGAUCCUUGAGGAUAGGGGCAGUAUACAUGGCAGGUGUUCUAGCAGGUUCACUAGGCACAUCAGUGUUCGACCCUGAUGUGUACCUUGUGGGAGCAUCAGGUGGUGUAUAUGCACUGUUAGCAGCUCAUCUUGCCAAUGUCCUUCUGAACUACAAUAACAUGGAGUUCGGAAUUGUUAGAUUAAUUGGAAUAUUUUUUGUUGCAAGUGCUGAUGUUGGAUUUGCUGUUUAUGAUCGUUACGCUGCUGAAACGUUGGCACCACCUGUGUCGUAUGUGGCACACUUAACGGGAGCUCUAGCUGGCCUAACAAUUGGACUCUUAGUCCUGAAAAACUUUGAGCAGAAACUCCACGAACAGCUUAUGUGGUGGGUGGCGCUCGGCGUGUAUGCGGCAUGCACGUUGUUCGCCAUCCUUUUCAAUGUGUUCAAUCCUAGUUAUCCGUGAGCAGAUGUGACACUCCUGCCCUUUAGAAGUCUCAGGAAUUACUUUAACAGAAAAGAGUUUGACAGUGACAGCUGUGGAAAAAAAAAAAUACUUUGCUUGCGUAGAUGUACCGUGUGCAUCAUUACUGUGGGAAUGGACACUUCAAGACUGAUAGUGAAGCAAAUGGCUCAUUUGAUUUGUUAAUAAUGUGUUACAUUAAUGUUUAUUCAUAUUCUGCAUCCUAAAAGUGAUGUGAUUGUAUGAGGACAAGAAACUGUUAACUUAUUGUUACUUUUUUAAUUUCUGAUGUUCGGGGACGGUGUUAGUUUUAUACAUUCUGAGUGAAAGUGAUGAUUGAUGCUAGUCAGAAAAGAGGACUAUCAAGAGGGAAAGCAGGAGUAAGGAAUGUGAAACUCCAUUAAUUCUGUUUGAUAGUUUGUUUUUGCCUUUAUUGAUAUAUCUGGAGCCUUAAAUAAAAUGACUGAUAUUCAAAGCAAAUGGCUCUUCAGCAGUGAUAACUACCUCAUAGCUAGACUUAAUCUUCAAGUAUCUGUUACAUUUUGUAGGUAAUAUAUUAUUUUCUUUAUAUAAUUCCAUAUGCCCAGUGGCAAACUAAAUACCUAAGGCUCCAGGUAUAACUAUGUCUCUCGUGUAUUAAUUUUUGUUACUUGGAAAAGUGCUGAAAGUAAUUUAUAUUGAUGGAAUUUUGGAGUUCAAUACUCUUAAGGCGAAAUAACACUAUAAUUUAUGUAUAACAACUUUAUUUAUAUCAUUAAAGUGCCCAAUAUUAGUGUUACUUGUUGUGUAUAUUACAUAACUAAAAUUUGUUACAAACUGAUUUUUGACUGCUUUUAAUCCAUUUCAUGUUUCUGUCCAACUGUCUAAUAUAUACUGAUUUUAUACCAAAGAAAAGUAACAUGAACGGAUUAUUUUUAUGUAGGUAUCUGUAACUGUGUGAUGGCUGUUAAGAAACAAAAUAUAGCACAUGUAAUACAAUCCUACAAUGCAAAUACAUAAAUGUUUUGCAGGAACACUAUUGUCCUAAUGUAUGAAAUGUUAAGGUGUGAAUCACAUUGUUAUUGCAUCAAAAUAAGUGAAGUGCAGAUAACUCGUAUUUGAUUGACAGUGAGCUUCGUUAACUACUAUUCAUUACUUUCUCUUUCCAUAUUUAUGUUGCAUGUAAAGUUUCUGCGUUUUGGCACUAUUUCUUCCAUGUCACUCACAAAAGGGAGGGGAAAGAAUCACAACAUAAGUAUUCCACCAGUUCGAAGUAAAGUAAAUUACCAGUUGCUUUGUAACAGCUCGAUUUCUAAGGAUAUGGUGGCUUAUGUAGCAUUUAUUAUGUAACCUUUAAUUUUUGAAUGUCUGAAUGUAAUCAAAAUUUGAUUAUUGGCACUGGAAUAUGGAAAUAAAUCCAUCAUACUCA